AUGGAUUCACUGGGUGGCUCAUUGGAUUUUAUGGACGACGACCUCCCAUUUGAACCCUUGCCAGCAGACGAGGACACCUGCCAGACGUGCCCCGCGGAAUGCAGGUGUGGUGCAACCUCGGAACUCGACGACUCCCUUCUUGAGCCCAUUGACACGCUGGAUGAUGACUCUCCAUCUGCUGCACCCUCACCAACAGAUCUACUCGCAAUCCCUGCAAGUAUGGCUCGUGCAUCAGCGAUGGCCUUGGCUCCUACUCCUGUGUCUGCCCGCCCAAUCGCAUCCCAUCCAAAAGCAACGGAUAUCCCACCUGUGAUUACGCACAGGAGCUUCUUCUCCCACGCUCAACGUGCAAGGAGACAACUGGAGGUGCGAGGACGUCUAUCCUCUUUAUGGACUCACGCUAGAGGAGUUCACUGCACAGAACAAUGGCUUGGACUGGUCUGCUGCCCUCACCCGGGGGCGGCACAUGCGAGUCAGUGGCAGCCUCUCUCGGCAUCUUUGGGCUGUCUUGCCGCACCCCUCCCACCUCUCUGCUCCUCCACUCCUCCCCCCAACCACCCAAUGCAGGGCGACACAUGCGAGUCACUGGCAGCCUCUCUCGCCAUCUCCUCUCUCUCCCUGCAGGAGCUUAACCCCGGCUUCAACUGCUCCUCGCCCCUCCCCGCGUCCCGCUCUCUCUGCAUUGAGCGGGAAGAUGGGGCAGAUGACGGAAGGGGGGAGUACUGCAAUACAGAUUACUCGGUCAGCGGCACAACCAGCUGCGCGCAGGUGGUGCAGGACUUUGAGUUCUACUCCUUGAUUGAGCUCUACCGGCUCAACCCAGGGCUCGUGUGCUACAUCUCACAAACUGCCAAUCGGGAGCUGCCAGGUGUUCCCGGGGCAGUGCAAGCUGACCAUCCUCUCAUGCUGCCUGCGAGUGAAUUCCGCACGUAUCUGCACACCCUUGGUGUGAAUGGCACUGCUGGGUGGCAUGAUGCCACCCGCCUUGCUCAGCGCCCCGCAUUCACCUCCUCCUACUCCCAACAUGCCCACUCUCUCUCCACGCCCUUCCACCUCCUUUGCACGCUCGUCUUUGUUGCGUACAUUGCAUUGAAUGCGCUGGUGACACUACUAUGGAGGAUGGGAGUCUCGUAUCCGCAAGUCAAUUCCUGGGUUCACGAGCAGAAAGUUGCUGUGACGACCAAGCUGUGGGCAUUGAUAUUCACAUGGGCUCGUGAGAUUGUGGACGAGGCAAGAUUCACACUGCGGAGCGUGUAUGAAGCUGUUGGAAUCACUCUGCGGGGGCUAGUGGGAGUGAGCGAGUUGGCCAUGCAACUGAAGGAGUUAAGGGAGCAGCUGGCAGAAGCUAAGAAGGACUUGGCUGAACACAGGAACCUGAUUACAGGGCAAGCGGAGGAGCUGGCAGCAUCGAGGGGGCAGGUUGAAGCUGGCCUUGAGGAAGCAUUGGUGUCGCUUGUGCGAGGCGAAUGGGGAAGCACACGCAUGUUGGAUGCCGUUUCUUCAGCCCUCACUGAAAAAAACGACAGGCGAACAUCUCUUCAGUUGAAGAAUCUCUCCAGCAUCUCAGACACGGCCCUCCACGUUGUGUCUGCCAUGACCCACCUGAAAUCGAUUGAUUUGGACAAGUCCUCUGGCUUCAGUGCAGAGGGCGUGAAGCACCUCUACAGGCUGCCACAGAAGAAACGGCUCUCACUUAUGAAAACGGCCGUUUUUGACAGUCAUCUGGAGGGGAUUGGGGCAGCGAGCAGCCUUGAGCGUCUCUAUCUCAGCUGCACCAAAGUGACAGACUCUGGUCUGCAGCAGUUGACAGGGCUCGCGCUCAAGACUCUGGAGCUUAAUGGCUGCCAGGGUGUUACAGCUGCUGGCAUGGCGCAUGUGGGGAAGCUGAGAGGCCUUGAGAGUCUGUUUCUGGGGAAUUUAACCACGAAAGGUGAUGGUUUGGAGCACUUGUCGUCCCUCACGAAUCUGAAGCUGCUUGUGCUGCCAUCUGGGGCUGCAGGUAAGGGCUUGGAGCAUGUGAGGCACUUGACUGCUCUGCAGAAGUUGGAUAUGACGGGAAGCAGAGUGGCUGACGGUGGGGUGCCGUGGUUGAGCAAUCUGCCUUCUCUGACGCACAUUAGAACAGAUUAA